AUGGCCGAGCACCUCUUCAAAGAUAAAUUCAAGGUGAUCAGGCUCGAUCCUGAUGGCAAGAAGUUCGACAAAGUCACUCGAAUUGAAGCUUAUAGCGAGAACGAAAUGUACAUGCAGCUGGAUGUUGCUACUGAGGUCUAUCCAAUGCUUGUUGGUGACACAUUCAACAUGGUUUUAGCUCUCACUCUGAACCUGGAUGGAUCAACAGACACUGGCUACUACACACAG